GUUGAAAGCCGGAAACAGCGAGCAUGUGUCCUCUGGAGUUGUUGUGUGUAUCUCCAAGCUAAUGUGAACUGCUUAGCUAGCUAUACUUCACAAUGAACAGCUAUAGGAGAAUAUCCUGUAGUGACUGGAAAUCCGGUUUGAACGUCGUCUUAUCUCGGGUCAAACCGUGGACCAACUGCUGCCGGUGUCCGGAGGCAGCGCCGCCCCUCAGCCGGAGCCAGGCCACUGCCGCUGAACAGGCUCCAGGCUCCGACACGGGGGAGAAGCCCCGGCUGAGGGCGGUCGACCUGGCGCGGCAGGUCCAGCAGGAGUGGAGGAAGCCACGGGCGGCAGAGCCUCCGCUAUCCGGCCAGCAGAAGAGGGUGAUGGAGCUGAAACGGUUCAGUCUUCAGCUACAACAUGUUCAUCCUAACGUGCUGGCCAAACACCUGCACAGAGCCGUGCUGUACCAGGACAAAGAUGUAGUUGUCAUCAACAAACCUUAUGGCGUUCCUGUCAGAGAUGACUGUGGGGCGACAUCGAUCUCCUCUGUACUUCAUGUUCUCUCCAAAAUGAUGGAUGGAAUGAAGAUCAAGUCUGAUUCUCAGCUGCUCCCCUGUCUGAGGCUGGAGAAGGAAAUAACAGGAGCCCUCCUGCUGGCCAGGAGUGAAGAAGUAGUCAAGCACAUACUCAGCCUUCACAGAAAUAACCAAGUGCAGAGAAAGUACUGGGUCAUCACAGUUGGUGUACCUGUUCCAUCCGAAGGAGUGAUUGACAUCCCCAUCAUAGAGAGAGAGGUCACAGGCUCUCGGCCACACUACAAGAUGGCUCUAAGUCCUCUUUUCAAAAUGAAUGAUGCAGGUGAUGGUGUGACCAAAGUCCGCGCCCAUAGGCAAGCCCACCCUGCAGUGACCAAGUACAGAGUCUUGGACAGCAGCAGUGGUUGCAGCCUCGUGGAGCUCCAGCCUUUUACUGAAGUGAAGCACCAGAUGAGGGUUCACAUGGCACUUGCUCUGACAUGCCCCAUUCUUGGUGACCACAAAUAUUCCCACUGGAGCAAACUGGCACCCCAGAAAUUACCCGACCACGUGCUGGGAAAGCUUGGAUUGGAACAGAGCAAGAUCCGGCAUGUUCCUCUACAUGUGCUCGCUCGACAGCUGACGCUGCCAGGUACCAAUGGAGCCGACGUCAACGUGUCCUGUCCCCUGCCUAAAUACUUCACACAAACGUUGAAUCGACUGCAUUUAACCCUUCCUGACAAGAAAGACAAAUAACCACCUCUUCGUUUUUUUUUUGUUAAAUUCUUAGCAAUCCAAGUGAUGUCUAAAUGUUUUGGGCAUCGGUUGUCAAGGAUUUCAGACUGCAACGUGGCUGAAAAGUGUAUCAUCCUAAAUGCAGAAUUAAAUCAAGCUGCGUUAUUGUGAGGUUAUGUGAAAUUAUCAAAUGGAAAAUGACUGUACAGUGCUAAACUCAUUUUUCUUUUUAGUAAUAAACAAAGAACUGUAUCAAC